AUGGAGCUAUCUAGUACCGCUUAUGAUAUUGCACCGCUGAUAUUGGUUGAUGCCAGGCCCAGCAAGUCUCAGACUCCUGAGUGGACGCACCUCGAGAACUCCCAUAACCUCCAAUUCCGUGGCGGCAGCGGUGAUCAUGCAUUGACUACUACCAACUCAUCCGAGACUCCUAACAGCCCGCCACGGGAAUCAGUGGAGCGGCUAUACGAGGCUGGAUUCGGGUCAUGCGGCUUUCCAGAUAUUGCUGACGACAGAGAGUGCGUAGCAGAUCUCGCAGCCUACCCCGAGCUGAAUGUGCAUAGCGGUUCCCCCACCGUGCGCCGCUUGGCGUGCCUGGCGCACACCUAUCUGCGCCCGUGGAUGGGCAUCCCCGGGGUGAAAAAGGGCAUGGGGGCGCGAGGAAUGAUCAGCCCGCGUCUUCUCAAUCGGAUGGGACGCAUGGCCAGCGUGCUCUCGUGCUCCGGACACGUGCGCAUAGUCAACGGGGAGAUCUUCUUCCGCCUCGGUGGCUUCGAGUUCUUUUGGUACCGCAUGCGCCGCUUCGUCUUUUCAAUCCUCAUGAUCAAGGAGGCCAUUGCAAAGUACAACCUGCACUCUCUCAGCGCCGAGUUCUUCAUCAGCACCUGCGACAUGCACGUCAGCAAAGCCUCUUCCAUCGCCGAUCGUUGCGCCGGCCUCCCCAUUUUCAGCCCGCACGGCGCGCCUGGCAGCAUCGACAUACUCUACCCCGACCCGGUGGAUCUAAGCAAGAGUUAUUUCCAUACCGGGGAGGAUGCUGUGCCGUGGGAACAGAAGCAGAGCCGGGCCGUCUUUCGCGGCGGGAUGACCAACUUCCACGUCAGCUACGACACGCAGUGGCGAGCCAGCCCUCGGUUCCGCGUGCAUCGGAUGUCUCAAUUGCGUCCCGACAUCCUCGACGCAAAGGUUGUUGAGAACCACCUGAACGCGGCUGUGAAUGGGGAGCUUCUAGAGAGCUUGCGGCAGGAUGGGAUCGAGAUGGGCGAACGCCUCGAUCCGUCGCAGCAGCUGGGGUACAAGUAUGAGCUGGAUGUUGAUGGGGGGACCGGCAGCGGACGCGUGUGCAAGAUCCUGUCAAGCAAACAGAUGAUGAUCAAGCAGAUGAGCGAGUACUCUCAGUACUUUGACCCCCUACUGUGUCCCAACCAGCACUUUGUCCCCACACACCGAUACUUCUCCAAUCUGUACCAGCAGAUCGAAUGGGCACGGGACCACGACCAGGAAGCGCAGCAAAUCGUGAAGCAGGCCAAUCAGCUUGCGGGCGAGGUGUGCACGUGGGAAAGCCGUCGCCUCUACUGGGCGAUUCUACUGGUCAAGUAUGCAGCCAGCGCUAUGGAACACCCCAGCCAAGUCGUUCGCCCGGACACGUACCAGUGCGAGACUCGUCUUAUCCAAGAUGACGUGGAGAACAACUCAGUUCGCUCGAAACAGAAGCCGGAUGUUUGGCCUCCUAGUUAA